AUGGAGCAGCAGCUGCGCGCGCUGAGGCAGCACGUCCUCGUCGCGUCGUCCUCCUCCUCCUCGGCAGCGGCGAUGGCCGGCGCCCUGGAGGGCGUGGCGCGCGUGUACGACGAGCACGCGGAGUCACUGGCGCGGUCGGCCGCGCGCGCCGACCGGGUGGAGGACGAGUUGGAGGCCUCCGUGGCUCUGCUGGACGCGUGCGCCGCGGCGCGGGACGUGCUGGGCGCCAUGCGAGCGCGCGCCUGGCGAAGAGGGCAUGCGCGGACGCCAGGAGGCAGCGCCGCCGCGCCGGCUCGAGCUCGAGGCCGUCGCCGUCGGCCGAGGCCGAGCUGGACGGGGGCCACGCGCUUCAGGAAGCGCGGUGGCUCACCGUUGCCGUCCUGGAGCGCGUCGUGGUGGCGCUGUCCCGGCGUGUGCCCGCGGUCGGCUGCGUCGGGCCGCGUCGGUCGGCGUCGGCCAGCAGCUGGGCCACGUGCGUCGCCAGGUUACAUGCUGACCGCUUCCUCCUUGUCGUCCAAGGACUCGCACGACGGCGAGGGGGCGCUGCGGGCGCAGCGAGACCUCAGAGCGCUGGUCGACACGAUCCGACAGCUGGAGGACGGGCUUGAGCUGCUGUUCAGGCGCCUGGUGCAGUGCAGGGUGUGUUUGCUGAACACGCGCAGCUUUUAG